AUGCAAGAAAGCCCGAUCCAUAAAUACUCUUGCGAGACAUGCUCGGAGACAUUUGAAAGUCCAAAUGAUGUACAGAAACAUUUGUCAACCACAAGACACAAGUCAGUGAGGCUAUUGCCACUUGAUGAAAUAUUGGAAUGUGAGGAAUGUUCCGACUCCAACAUUCACCAGCUCGCUAUCCUACGCUAUGGACUCAAUGAUAUGGCUUUAUUGUGUCAGCUGUGCUUGGAUAAUACAACUAAAGACAGUGGAGAAGAACCAACAGCCAAGUAUACUCUAUCAAAUGGUGCUCUAUUUGGUAAAUUGUCCCAGUACAUCAAGUUUAGAAACAUUGCAUGCGCUCUGUGUGGAAGAGAUGACGACCUAUACGUUGCAAAUACCCCUAAAGGACAAAUUAUAAGUUGCAAGGAGUGCUUACUGAAACACCAGUCUCAAGAUGUUAACUUUGUGAGCGAAAACGAUGAUAAGUUUUUGACAGAGCUUUUGGGAUUGAAAGAGGUUAUCAUUAAGAACAAGUCCUUAGGAGGGAGAGGAGGGAGAGGGGGUAGAAGAGGAGGUAAAAGAGGAGGUAAAAGAGGCGGGAGAGGAGGCAGAUCAGAUGGAGGUAGUAGAAGAGUUAAAAAGGAGGAUCCUGAAGCCGAAUCGCGAAGACAGCAUUACCAAGAAUCAAAACAGUUUGCCAGUGAUGUAAAGUCUGGAUCCACUGUGAAAGCAAUUGGGGCAGGUUCCAUUGGAAACAGUCUGGUAAAGCCUCAAAAUGGAAGAGGAGCUGGUUCGAAAGACUCUAUAGGUAGACCUAAUGCAAAAAACGGGCAUAAAGCCUCUACAGGGAAGGAGGUUUCUAAGCAAGAUCACAAUGCAAGAAACAAUGCAAGAAACAAUGCAAGAAACAAUACAAAGCCUAAGACUGAUUCAAACAACUCGUUGAAAUCAGCCUCAAGUAAAGCAGGGAAUUCCAAAAACUCAAAGAAAGACAAUAAGAAUGAUUCAAAAGCUGCUUCCUCCGUCAAGGCUCAAAGACCAGCCGAGAAUGAUUCGAAUGGAAGUAAGUCAAAGAAACCUUCACCAAGGGGUAACAAACAGGAGCCUUCUUCAAAACAAAAAGUGUCCCAGAAACAAGAGCGUGAUAAUGGUAGCAAAGUUGUCAAGCCAAACAAAAUACAAUCGAAGGAAAAAACUCCAAGUCGUCAAAAUUCGCCUGCACCGAUGUCUGAAUUGGUAUUACCUUCCUAUAUAACAAAAUACCAUCCUUCACCAAAGCUCAAGCUUUCUUAUGACAAUAUUGAUGAGUAUUUCCGUGAAAUGAGUUUCAAUGUCUUCUUGGAAGACCAGCUCACCAAUGUGCUGAACAUAAUUGAACCACAAGAUCUCAUUAUCGAAUGGUACCAGGAUCAAGAUAAGAAAAACAACCAAUUCAAAGUCAGUAUCCCCAUGAAACCGGAAGUUAUGGAUAGAUUUUUGUCAGAUAGAUUCAAAAAAUUGAAGAAAGACCCUUUUCAGAAAGAUCAAGCAAUGUUUUUAAUCUUGAAUGAUGAAAUUCCUUGGUAUGGUAAAGUGGCCACUGUUGAUGGAGUCAAAUCGGGCAAGAACCGGAAAACAGCCAAGGUUAGUCAUGUGGAAAUGGUCAUUGUUCUUUACAAAUGGAACAAUCAACCCUUACCCAAGACAGUCCACGCACAACAUUUGAAACUUUUACCAGCAUCAGUUCCCGUUAGCCGAAUUUUCAAUGCCAUGGAUGGCCUCACAAACCCAAGUUUCAUCAAGAUGUUGUUGGGUAAGGAACCUAUUAAGCAAAUAUUCUUCAAUAAUAGAGUCAAUUUCUCAUCAAACUUGAAUGAUUCACAAAAAGCGGCUAUCCAAUCAGUAUUGAAUAACAGAAUUAGUGUUGUCCAAGGUCCCCCAGGAACAGGUAAAACCUCUGCCAUUUAUGAAACUUUGAUCCAAUUGCUCGAGUCUUUGAACACGUACCCGAUUUUGGUAGUUGCGGCUUCAAAUAUUGCCAUUGACAACAUUGCCGAAAAGUUGUUGCCCAAACAUGGCAAACUGAUUUUGAGAAUCACUGCAAAUGAGAAGGAAAGAGAGUAUAAUAAGUCACACCCAUUGGCUAGUAUUUGUUUGCAUCACAAGAUAUACGAUGCAAUGUCAAUGAAGCAUCAACAAGUGCAGAAUGACUUGAAGCGUGGUACAGGGGUGAUUAGUGCCAACGCUUACAAACAAUUUAUGCAAGAGAAAUUUCAAAUCACCAAGCAACAAGUUGCCCAGUCAAAAGUUAUUUUAACCACCACAGUUGUUGCUGGUGGAAACCAAUUGAAAUCACUUUCGAAAUGCCCCGUUGUGAUUAUGGACGAAGCAACUCAAUCAUCAGAGCCAAGUACUUUAAUCCCAUUAGCUGUUCCAGGAGCUGAGAAGUUUGUUUUUGUGGGUGAUCAAAAGCAAUUGAGUUGUUUCUCCUUGAUUCCAAGUUUAUCAACAUCAUUAUUUGAAAGAGUAUUAUUGAAUGGGACAUAUAAAUCACCGCAUAUGUUGAAUACACAAUAUCGUAUGCACCCAGCAAUCAGUGAAUUUCCCAGAAAUAGAUUCUACAAUGGUGCAUUAAAGGAUGGUAUUGAUGCUAGUGCAAGACAAAUGGAUGGUAUUCCUGAAACUCCGGUGUAUUUCUGGAACACCAAAGGGAAUGCAAGAGAACAAUCAGUUCGAAAUUUACUUCGUGAAGAUAGAGGUUAUACCUACACCAAUAGAGAUGAAGUAUCCUAUAUUAAACAAGUAUUGAAAACCUUGAUUAUUGAAAAAGGUAUACAUAGAGAUAAUAUUGGUGUGAUAACACCUUAUUCAGGUCAACGUGAUUUGAUCUCAUCAAUAUUAGUCAGAGAUGAUAUAAUCAAUCCUACCAAUGAAGAGUUGCAAGUCGAAAUUGAUAUUGAUGAUAUUACCAACGACUCUAAGCCAGUGAACAUUCACAUAGUCUCGGGUAUUAUGAUUGCUUCGAUUGACGCAUUUCAAGGAAGAGAGAAAGAUUUUAUGAUUAUGUCAUGUGUUCGGUCAAAUAAACAAGGCACAAUCGGGUUCUUGAAGGAUGAAAGGAGAUUGAAUGUUGCACUUACUAGAGCCAAAUACGGGUUGAUUAUGGUGGGUGAUGUUGAAUGUUUGAAAAAGGGAGAUAAAUUGUGGAAAGAAUACAUGGAGUACUUGGAAAAUAAAGAAUUGAUACACGGUGAAGACCAGUUUAAAUAUUAA